AUGGUAAUUAUACAAUUCAACCGAGAGAUGGGUUACCCCAACACGUGGUUUAUUGUAAUGGAUUCGCGAGAAUUGCCCGUAAAUCAAGUGAAGGCCUUUGAGUUAUGCGGACAACAAUUGGUGGCGUUUAGGGGGCCGUCGGCUGCGGUCCACGUGUUGUCCGCCUAUUGUCCACAUUUGGGCGCAAAUCUCGGUGUCGGCGGACAUGUGGUGACUGAGUCAGAGUCGGGCGACGACUGUAUUCAGUGUCCAUUCCAUGGCUGGAGGUUUGGCGGAGACGGACAGUGCAAACGCAUACCUAAUCUCAACNAUUCUGAGUUAAAUGCAGUGAAAGCUGUGGUAAAGAAAUGGCAGACAAUAGAGAAGAAUGAAGUGAUAUAUGUUUGGCACCACUCGGAGGAUAAGGACCCCAAUCACUACCCCAAGGAUCUUCUUGAAAACAACUAUCAGAACCUAUCACUAAAAGGUAGUUUCCUUAGACAUUUGCGUUGGAAUUAUCAGAUUUUGAUGGAGAAUGGGUCCGACUUACAGCACGUUCAUUACCUACACCAGGUGCUCAUACCAUACAUGGCUAUAUCAUUAAAUCCCAUUAUGACUGUGCAACUUCUCUUGGGUGAACUUCUCUUGGAUGAACACCUCCUCAUAAUGAACGUUUGGGUUUUGUUUGGUUUCGGUGUGGUUUCAGGUCGGCUUUGGUUUUGGUUGGAUUUCGCAAGUCUUAAGAUACUCAUCGAGAGAUUGACGUCUCGUCUCGUUGCUCUCAAGUCUCCCCUCUUCAAUACACUUUUUAUUAGCUUCAAUAAACAAAUUCCAAUCACUUGUGGAUAUAUUGAGAUGUGGUAA